UUCAGGUGACAGCUCGGGAAACUAGACAGUUCACUGUUUCGGUACGCGAGGAUACUACCCAUGUCUUUUGAUAGGAAUUGCUUCUCCUCCAAAUAUUAUAUUUUCAGUUAAGUAUACAACGGAAUAGUUUGUUAUCCUCCGUCAGUGUUUCUAUUGUAUCGUCUGGUAAUUAUCUAUUUUGAGCUGGCUAAACAGUUAGCCUGACUGUAAUUGUAGCCUACAUCUAGCUUUCAAUCAUCGUUGAUAAAAGGAAUUGAUCAGAAUGUCUGACUCCACGGUGGACGGAAAGUCGGAGCUUAAACAAGCAAGCAAAGAGGUAAAGGAGAGCGAGAACGUGGCGGAGAAAUACUCAGCCAUGACAGUGAGCAAGAAUAGCGAAAUGACCAUGGGCGAACUAUCCUCUUCUGCGUUCAGCGCGGUCCCUACCCACAAGCCUGUCAAAAAGCAGAUCCAGUUUGUGGAGGACAAGCAGGAGUUCCAGAGGUUUCCUACCAAGGCUGGACGUCGCUCCCUGUCCAGAUCUAUCUCUCAGUCAUCCACUGACAGCUACAGCUCAGCUGCCUCCUACACAGACAGCUCCGAUGACGAGACGUCCCCGCGGGAGAAGACGCAGGUCAACUCCAGAGGUUCCGGCGACUUCUGCGUCAAGAACAUCAAGCAGGCGGAGUUCGGCCGCCGAGAGAUUGAGAUCGCAGAGCAAGAUAUGUCAGCGUUAAUCUCUCUCAGAAAGCGAGCUCAGGGGGAGAAGCCAUUGGCUGGGGCCAAAAUUGUGGGCUGCACCCACAUUACCGCGCAGACUGCAGUGCUGAUUGAGACUCUGAUGGCGCUAGGGGCCCAGUGUCGCUGGACAGCUUGUAACAUCUACUCUACCCAGAACGAGGUGGCUGCUGCCCUGUCAGAGAGCGGUGUGGCUGUUUUUGCCUGGAAGGGCGAGUCUGAGGAUGACUUCUGGUGGUGCAUCGAUCGCUGCGUCAAUAUGGAGGGCUGGCAGCCUAACAUGAUCCUGGAUGAUGGAGGGGACCUGACCCACUGGGUGUAUAAGAAGUACCCUAACGUGUUCAAGAAGAUACGAGGCAUUGUGGAGGAGAGUGUUACAGGGGUCCACAGGCUGUAUCAGCUGUCUAAAGCAGGCAAGCUGUGUGUUCCAGCCAUGAAUGUGAAUGAUUCUGUGACGAAGCAGAAGUUUGACAACCUCUACUGCUGCAGGGAGUCCAUCCUGGACGGGCUGAAGAGGACCACAGAUGUAAUGUUUGGGGGGAAACAGGUGGUUGUCUGUGGUUAUGGAGAGGUUGGAAAGGGUUGCUGUGCUGCCCUGAAGGCCCUGGGCUCCAUCGUCUACAUCACAGAGAUCGACCCCAUCUGCGCCCUGCAGGCCUGCAUGGACGGCUUCAGAGUGGUCAAACUCAACGAGAUCAUUCGCCUGGUGGACGUCAUCAUCACAUGCACCGGAAACAAGAACGUGGUGACCAGGGACCAGCUGGACCGCAUGAAGAACGGCUCCAUCGUCUGCAACAUGGGACACUCCAACACGGAGAUCGACGUGGCCAGCCUGCGGACCCCUGAGCUCACCUGGGAGAGAGUCCGUUCUCAGGUGGACCACGUCAUCUGGCCUGACGGCAAGAGGGUCAUCCUGCUGGCUGAGGGUCGCCUCCUGAACCUCAGCUGCUCCACCGUCCCCACCUUCGUCCUGUCAAUCACCGCCACCACCCAGGCUCUUGCCCUCAUCGAGUUGUACAACGCUCCAGAGGGCCGUUACAAACAGGAUGUUUACUUGCUGCCCAAGAAGAUGGAUGAGUAUGUUGCCAGCCUGCACCUGCCCACCUUCGACGCCCACCUGACAGAACUCUCCGAUGACCAGGCCAAGUACCUGGGCCUCAACAAGAAUGGACCCUUCAAACCCAACUACUACAGGUAUUAGUGGGCCACUGUCCACCAUCAGGACAAAACUACCAAAUGGUCAAAACGUACGAUAGAAUGGUAGAAGACGUAUUAAAAAUAUAUAUUUUAUAUUUUGUAUUUUAAAGACGUUUCCCAAGAGGCACAAUAACACAAUAUUAUGUAUUUGAAUGAAGCAGUUGAAUAGUCCUGUCGCCACACAGAGAGUGUCCUCCUGCUUCACUUGCUGUUCCGUGCACUGAGAAGAAGAAAUUAUUUAGUUUUGUUUACACACAUGUACAUAACCACACACCUCCACAGCAGCUAGACAGAUAGGACCUCACUGGUCAUGAAUAACCAAUUACAGUACCUAAUGCCUGCUGUCUACUUGAGGUAUUUCCUUGCACACACAUACUGUAUCUCUACCGUAUUAACUACUCCCUAGAGUAGCCCUUUUUAAUCAAGAAUUUAACUGUUAGGGGUACUUACUAAGUGUUAAGAGUAUAUAUUAUAAUGUUAAUAUAUUUGUGCCAAAUGAUCGUUAGGUGAAGGGGUAAAUUGUGGUAAAGAUGCACUUGCUUUUUGAUUGGAUG